AUGAGUGUUAUACCUAAAAGACUUAUAUCACUUGUUCAAUCUUUGAAUAUUAAAAUGCAACUUACCUGUGGAAGGAAUUUUAAAAAACCAGCUUAUAAUUUGAUGUGUCAAUGGAUCAUUGAUGCUUGGGAAGAUAUUCCUGCUGAACUUGUUAAAAAUUCUUUUAAAAAAUGUGGAAUCUCAAAUAAACUUGAUGGAAGUGAGAACUAUCUAAUGUAUAAAGAAGAAAAGAAUAAUACACCAGAGGAACCAUUUAUUGUUUUAGCAGAUGAUUUAGAGGGAGAUCAAAAAAACUCUUAA